UUCGCGCAUUCCGCCGCUCAUUCGCUGGCAAGCCGCCGAACCGAGCGGAAGCGUUGCGGAUUCUAACCUUGCGUAGCGUGCGCGCGCGCGUGUGUGUGUGUGUGCGGUUGUGUGCACAUUGUGCAACGUGAAUAGUGCAUCUCUUGGCGCAUUAAGAUAAGCCGCGACAGAACCGAACCGGUGCCAAACGGAAGCCCAGCGUCACGUUGCGGCGGGGGCGGUUUUUUUUUGUGUGCAGCACGUCCAGUGUGAGUUGGGCGAUGGGUGCAUUAGUGCUACUAGCAGCCGUCGUGGCCGGCGUGAUGGCCACCGACACCGUUCCAACCAUUCCACCAUCAACCGCAGACACCGCCGUUCUGCCAGCCCUGGACGCGCCCUUUCUCACGGUGAACCGAUGCGAGGAGGCACCGCUCAACCGGCUGCACGUGCUGGACCCGUCCAAGAUUCCACCGGACUGCCGGUGUCCGCCCGGGUUUCGGUCCCUCCGGGCGGACCCACAUUCCACCCGGGCGCUGUGCGUGGGCGUCAUUGCACCCCGGCCCUGGCAGGACGGGUGUGUGUCGUCCGGCACCGGCAGCGACUACUACGAUCUCGAUGCGAUCGAGCAGGCCGAGGUGCGGCAGCUGCUGGUGCGCAUGAACCUGACCGAGUGUUGGAUCUCCGCCCGCCGGCUACUGCGGUACGGUGGGCUCGUUCGGCGCCUGCCCGGAACGCAGUGGAACGCACCGCUGGAGCUGCCGAGCGGACUGGCCGUGUCGAACUACACGACGGCCGAUCCGGACUGUGCGACGGUGCGCCUUACCGAGCAGCGCACCGUCCUGCUCGCCUACCGGAACUGCUCCACCGUGCUGCCCCGGCUGUGCCUGUACCGGGAGGCGGCCAUGCUGCGGCUGCACUGCGGCCCGCACGAGUACACCACGCGGUACGCCAGCCACCAGCGCUACUGCUUCAACAUACGCAGGAGCGGCAGCAGGCAGCCCGGCCCGACCGAAAGCUUCACCAUCGACAGCAAUCGCAAGCGGCAGCUGCUGUUCGAGCUGCUGUACGCCUCGCGGGAGUGCAACAACAGCGCGAACGUGAUCUACGCCGACCAGCGGCCGGGCACGACGCACCACGCGCACAAGCGGGACGGUGGGGCCGCCCUCGUACCGAUCGUGUCGGCCGAACCGAGCGGGCACGAGUGCGCCUCCCACCAGCGGUUGCAGAUCGAUCGGGACAGUCUGGUCCCAGCAGCAGAGGGCGCUGCCCCGGGCAUGUAUCUGUACUUUGACCGGGCGCACCACAAGCUGCUGCUGACCGUGUACGGCGACCGGUGGUACUGGCGGGAGGAUCCGGCCGCCAGCGGGUUCGUCUGCUUCGCCAACGCGAACGACGAGCAGCUGGUCCGGCCGAGGGUGAAGAAGCUACGGUGGCGUGGGCAGACCCCCAGCGACGACCACACGAGCCGGACGAUGUACGAGGUGAAGCUGACGGGCGAUGACGGUCCGCCCCGCCCGUACUGGUGCGAGGCGCAUCUGGUGCCGAACUUUGCGCUUCUCCAAACCGACACGGUGCUGGCACGGCGGAAAGCAAGCUGCCGGCACUACUUUGCCGCCACGAUCGAGCUGCUGCUCGAGCGGUCCGGCAGCAGGGUCGCCGCCGAAUCGCCGGGCGCGUGGCGCCUGAAGGACUACGACGGCCUGGUGGAGGACCACCUGAAGGAGCGGCGCAAACGGCUGCCCGAGCUGAAGCACGUGUUUGCCGCCAUCAAAACGGUGCACGUGAAGCGGCUGGAGGACUUUUGGAUUUCGGCGAACAGCGACUGGUACACCGUACGGCUGCUGGUGCACAUCGCGACCAAGUGUGCGAGGAAGUGGGACAAGGCGGACAGGCUACCCGAGCCGGAGCGCAACGAAAUUGGAUUGCCCGCCCAAUACCUGGACCACUACCAGACAUACAAGAGCCUAACGGCAGUACUCGAAUCACUCAAUAGCGAGCGCGUUCGCUUUCUCGGUGUAAACAGCACCGAGUACUGUCUGCCCGAAAGCCUUCACCUAGCCCCGGGCAAGAAUAUCUGGUGGCCUGCCCGGCUGGGAGAAUCGGUUGCACCCCGAAAUCUCUGCCUGAUCGAGCAGAGCGGCCUGCCGGUGACGCGCCGCUGCCUGGGCGACUAUCUGUACGGCUGUGCCUGGGACUGGAAUCCGGGCAGUGAGCUGUGCACCGGGCAGCAUCGGCCCACGACCAGCGCGCUCUACCAGUACAGCGUCACUUCGCUGAACCACAGCGUGCUCGGCGAGGUGCUGACCAGGGCCGGUGAGAUACUGGCCGUCCCCGAGCAGGUCAUUCCCGCCGAUCUGUUCUAUCUAUCCAAGACACUCGAGAACGUGCCGCCAGUGCUCGAACAGUCGGAGACGGGAUCUCCGGACGAGGAGCGCCGUGCUUACUUCUGCAACGUCAGCACCAUCCUGAGCCGGGUAAUGUACCUGAACGAGACGACAGUGGUGCUAUCGCAGCGGGCACUGAACACUACCAACAUUUUGCUGGACGCGACUGAAACUAUCGUUAACCGGCUGGCGGUCGCUAACGAUACGCGCGCGAUGAUGCUGGCGGGCGAUCAGUACGAUUGUCGAGAUCGGGACGGUGCGAUGCAGCGGCACGUACAGCGGCACGACGGGACGGUACUGUUUCGUACCGCGCGGUUGAUUGUGUUGAUAGCAGACCCGACGGUCGCGAACGUGACCGGGUUGGCUCUGUUUCGGGCGAGAAACCUGAGCCUAGAGGACCUUUCGGAUGCUGCAGAGAACAGUGAGAGCGAGGAAGACUUUAGCGGAUAUACGCUGCGUUACCUGUACAUGAAUCAAUCCCUGGAAGAUCUGCUCGCCGAAAGUGAUCUGGAAAUAGGUUCGUUCAUUCCACAACACGUAAUCGAGGGCCUAGAUGAGCUGAACACCGCCUUCCGAACUCCAGACGACGAAGAGCAAGACCCGGACGCCCCAGACGAAAGCACAACAACACUGCCCAGCCCGGUCGAACACCCCGACCCGCCAGUAUCGCCAGCACCCCCUCCUCUCCGCGUCAUCAUCACCAUCUACUACAACGAUCACGCCUUUCGGGAGACGAAAAACGGCACGAUCGCCCGGCCGAACUCGAAAAUCAUCAGCGUCAGCCUGCCCGGGUACGGUUCGCGCAUGCCGGACGAGAUACCGAUCUACACGCGGGAGAUGGCCCGGGAACUCCCCAGCCGCUGCGGCUACUGGUCGUUCGAGGCGGACAAUGCGACCGAAUUUGGCCACUGGUCGUACGACGAGUGCCGGCUGCUGAACGCGUCCGACCGCGGCGUCUCGCUGUGCGGCUGCUUCCACCUUACCUCCUUCUCCCGCCUCACGAAGGACAUCCAGAUGGUGGAGACGGUGGGCGUGUCGCAGAAGCUGAUCGCCGACCAGGGUACGCUCGCGCUGGACAUCAUCACCGCGAUCGGCUGCUCGAUGUCGCUGCUGGGCGUGAUGGGCAUCUUCGCGACGGCCGCCCUCUUCCCGAGCUGGCGGGUGAAGGCGAGCAGCAAGAUACUGCUCCAGCUGUCCUGCGCGAUCGCGAUCGAGAUGAUUAUCAUCUUUCUCGAGGGCCCGGACAUCGACCAGAACCGGAUCAGCCAGAUCGAGUGCGCACUGCUCGGGGGGAUCUUCCACUACAUCAUACUGGUGACGUUCAUGUGGAUGCUGAUCACCGCCUACCUGCAGUUCAUGCGCUACGUGAAGGUGCUGGGGCAGCUGCGGCCGGCCCACUUCAUCCUGAAGGCGACGGUUUGCUGCUGGGGUGGCCCACUACUGAUCGUCGCCCUGUUUCUCAGCCUCGACUACACGCUCUACCUGAAGCGGGACAACCUGUCCGACAUCUGCUACCCGCACGGCCGGGCCCUCUGGUACGGGUUGCUGCUGCCGAUCGGUGCCAUCAUCUUCGUCAACCUCGUCAGCUUCGUGAUCGUACUGUACCACAUCUGCACCAUACCGAGCAACCUGACCAAGUCGGCGGACCAUGCGAUGACGCUGGCCCAGCUGCGACUGUCCGUGUUUCUGUUCUUCCUGCUCGGGCUGCCGUGGAUCUUCGGCAUGCUGACCACCGGCACGGAGGAGAAGCUGUUCGCCUACCUGUUCUGUCUGACCGCGCCGGUGCAGGGGUUCGUGCUGUUCGUGUACUUCGUCGUGAUGGACCCGUCCGCCCGCCGCUUCUGGUGCCGAAAGUUGCAACGGCUGCCGUGCUGCCGGGCGCGCCCCACCAAAGACGCGGACGCUGACCAGACGACGACCUCCGCCAACACCUCCUUCAAUACGUAUCUGUGAGCGGAACGGGACAAUCCGCAAGCCCCUUUUUUUGAUAGUAGCGACACUUGAUUCCAUUCCAGUGAGUCAGUACGACAUUUACAUUUAUAUACCAAUCCCCCAAAAGCCCCACCUUCUUCGCACCACGUCGGUGUGGAGUUGCUAGGAGUGGACAGUUAAAGUUCGUU